AUGUUCUCUCUCUUGAUCAUCUCUAUCUAUCUACCUCUCUAUCUAUCUAUCUAUCUAUCUAUCUAUCUAUACAUAUAUAUAUAUAUAUAUAUGCUUGUGUUUUUCGUGCGUCUACGAAUUAAUCUAUUGAAAUAUCUAUCCGAUGUUCAUCGGAGUACACAGCCUCUUCCCUUCCCAGAUGUCCACGGUCGUCUACUUCGAAAUAUCUAUCUGUGUAUCAAUUCAUUUCUUUUUUUACUUGGCUUUCUUUAUCCUCUUCGAUUUACCCCCUUUCUCUCCAUUCCACCUUGCCUCCUUACUCUCCAUUUUUUCUCAAGUAUUUCUCUUUGUAUCUGCUAUUCAUUCUCUAAUUAUACUGUCACUCCCUUCCUCUCUCUCUAUUUUCUGUCCUUUCCUUAUUCUUCUCUCUUCUUCAUACUUCUCGCUCUCCUUUCCUUCUCUUCCUUUAUCAAUGUAACUUCCUUUGUCAGUCCUUUCUUUUCCUUGCUCUGUAUCUCCUUUUCUUUCUCUCUCAUCGUUAUAAUACUUUUUUUCUUUCUCCUUCAUUUGUAUAUCUCCUUAUUCUCCCUUCCUCUGUCUUUCAUUUAUAUCCUAUAUUUCUCCAUUUUCUUUCUCAAUCUUUUCUCUUCACUCCGUCCUUCUUUCUUUCUUUCUUUCUUUCUUUCUUUCUCCUUUUCACACUUCCUUUUCCUAUCUUUUCUGUGUAUUACAUUUCUCUCACUUCCUUUAUUUUUAUUUUUAUCUUCACUGUCACUUUCAAUCUCCCUCCUUUCUCUCUUUUUUUUUCUUAUUUAA